AUGUUCAAAACUCUGCCAGAAAAGGCAGCUUUUAGAGCCUUAAAGCUAACUCUACAGCUGAUAGCCUCUCUCCACGACAUCGUGGCCUAUCUUUUCAGUUUUGCUAAACUUGGCAAUUGUCCAACAUGCUUUGACUUUCCUCUGAGUCCUAAUCCUUUGAGAGCUGACUGGGGAGGAACUGAGGGCAUUGGGUCUGAGCUUCAUGAGCUGCAGAAAAUGCUGGACGGCCUCCAGAGCCCACAAGACCCAACCCAAGUGGUCCAGGUCCUCCUCCUCCGCAGGGAGGUGAUGUUCCUGCAGUUUGAUGCUGCGGUGAGGCAUCUCAUCCGAACAUUUUUGGCAGCUGGAAACCUUCCUGCCUACCAAUCUGUCACAGAAGGUGUAUACCAUGGGUUGCCUCCACUGAGCAACUCUCUCAUGAAGAGCAUUUUUGCUUCACAGUUCAGCCUGCCCCAGCCACUGGAUCCACAGGGCCUUCAGGCACUUGUGCUGUUUCCUUGGCGAACAUUUCUGGAAGAUGGAGGACCAUUUACAGUCAUGAGUAGCAUCCCUGAUACUCUUGACUAUAAUAUGCAGCUGUGCCUCUGUGGUCUGAAUGACUGUGACCGCAAGGUGGCUCAUGGAGAGCUGGUGGGCGUGCAGCUGCUAAUGAAAGAUGUACUUCUGAGUAGCUAUCAUGUGGUGGUGGAAGGUUCCUCUGGACAGCAAGCCUCACUAGACAAAAAUACACAGCCAGAUUGGUCCAAACUGCUGGGAUUCAGAAGUCAAUUCCAAAGCAGCCCAAAGGCCUCUACCCUGUUGGAGAGCCAGUGCGAUGCCAUGAUGUCCUUCACUCUGCUGAGAUCCUUUCUGAUUCUGUGGAAGCAGCUGGAAGUGCUGAAGGAGCACUGGGGCCGGCUCAAGCUGCAAGGCCAGGACAUCAACUCCGUCUCCCUCCACAAGCAGUUCUCGGAGCUCUAUGAAGCUGAUAUUUUCUACCCCAGCAUGAAAGCGCUAGCUAAGCAGAUGGGGAAAGAAGACGAAUUUGAAGGACUUAUAAUAAAUAGUCAGUCCAUUCUUCCCCCCAAAGGAGCUUCAGAAAUUGAAAUAAAAACUCAGCAGCUUCGGAAACUUCUGGAAAAUCUUGAAAUUCAUAUGAUCCAAGAGGUGUUAAGAAAAGUUAAUAGAGAGAUGACACUGGUUUUAUCAGAAAAGUCCAGUCAGGAAUGUACCCUCCCAACAGAUCUUUGGAAACACCAAGUCAUGAAAGAAAACUUUUCAGUUGUAAGACCACAAAUAGUUGAAAAAUUUGUGCAAAGGUUAAUGGAGAAUUACCAGGAUGGUGGACCAGAGAUCACUUUCAGGAAAGACCACCUUGAGGCCUGCCUCCUAUCCCUGGGUUGUGAUGUAAUGGCAAGAGAACGUAGCAACUUUGAGACCUACUCCAUGUGUUAUGAGCACCUGUUGCAGCAUGCCAGACAGAGGCUCUGCCAGAAGGAGCAGGAACUAGAGCUGCUACGAGGAAGUCAAGUUCCAUCUGAAGAUCACGCUGGUCAGGUUGCAGAACUCAGCCAUGAUAUGAUCAUGGAAAUCACUGCUCUGAGAGCCCAACUCACAGAUUUGGAAGAGGAGAAUCUGAAUCUCAAAAAGCAGAUCAGAAAAGAAGUCCAAGAAGAGUAUGAAGCAUUAGUCCAAGCUUUGUUUAUGAACUGUUUACACAUAAAAGAGAAGCUGGAUGAGAAUCAGCUUAAUUUGAUCCAGAAAGUGUGUGAGCUCAUCAGUGAAGUGAGAACAGAAGGGAUAGCCAACGUGAAGGAGCUGAAGAAAAAAUGGCGCUCUGCCAGGCCUGAUGAAGGAAUAAAAGAGAAUCCAGCUAAAGAGCAGCUGCGGGCCUUACAGCAGGACAAUGAUGACCUGGCUGCCCUGGUGUGCAAAGUGAGGAGCCUAGACCGCUGGCGGCUGGCCGUGCAGCAGGCGCGCUUCCGGGACCAGCUGAGCAGGGCAGAGAAGGAAUCUGUUCAAAAUAAAAAAGAGUGUCUGAGCAUCAAGCUAAUGACAGAACAAGAAGUGAGCUUACUUCGUCAACAGUUACGGGCUCUCAGGCAAGCCCUGGCCAGGGCUCAGGCUGAUAAUACAAGACUGUGGAUGCAGCAGAAUUCCCAGGCUCAGCUGCUGAAGGAGUUAGAAUACAGAGUGACUCAGGACGCAGUCACCCGGCAGCAGCUGGAUAUCAUAAAAACAUCCAGCAUGGAGAAGCUCUUGGAGGAUGUAGGGCAAAAGGAACAGCAACUGCAGCUCCUGACUGAAGAGGCUGAACGUGCAUCUAAACUGGGUCAGCUGCAGCGGAAGAAGAUAGAGCGGGAACUCCACCAGAUGAGGAGCCGGCUUGCCCAGGAGCGCAGCGUGAAGCUGGAUGCUUUCCAGCGUGUAGAAGAGCUGCAGAGUCAACUCACUGCGGCUGAGCUGUCAUCUGUCCCAAUGAGCCUCCCAGGCAAGCUUACAUCUCAGGCUCACUACUCCUUAAACUCUGCCACUGCAUCAUCUAGAUACUCCCACCGACACUUUUUAAAGACUAAUCUUAGAGGCAGUAAAAUGACAAGAAGGAUUCAGAGACCAAAGACUGUACCUAUUAAACACAACAAAGGGAUUGAUGGUGUGCUCCAACCCAAUGCAGCAGAAAGUAUUCCAGCUACAGCUUUUCAAGUCCAAACAGCUCCAUCCAGAGACUCAUUCCAGUUGGAUUGGUAAUCAAAUCUUCUUUUUCCAGAUUUUAUUUGUACUAGCAUUUAGAUUAAUAAAAAUGACUCUAAACUCCAUUAAACCUCUUAUGUCUCUUGCCAUUACUUGGAAGAUAGUAUUCAGAGCUCAGCCCAUUCCCUUGGCAGUGAAGAAGGAAAAAUAGAAAAAAGAA